CCUGCCACUACCCUCAGUCCAUGAGGAAGACGCUCACCGCUGUCUCCUGCGUGCUGUCAGGCGCUGCCCAGAGUCCUGGUGGCAUCCGUAAUUUUGCAAAUGAUGCUACAUUUGAAAUUAAGAAGCGUGACCUUCACCGGCUGGAAGAGGGCCCUCCUGUCACCACAGUGCUCACCAGGGAGGAUGGGCUCAGAUACUACAGGAUGAUGCAGACUGUUUGCUAAUUGGAGUUAAAGGCAGAUCAGCUGUAUAACCAGAAAAUUAUUCAUGUUUUCUGUCACUUGUGUGAUGGUCAGGAAGCUUGUUGUGUGGGCAUGGAAACUGGCAUAAAUCCCACAGACCAUCUGAUCACAGUCUAUCGGGCUCAUGGCUUUACCUUUACUCGUGGGCUUUCUGUACAAGAAAUUCUCACAGAGCUUACAGGAUGAAGAGGAGGCUGUGCAAAAGGAAAAGGAGGGUCAAUGCAUACGUAUGCCAAGAAUUUCUGUGGGGGCAAUGGCAUCGUUGGAGCUCAGGUGCCCCUGGGAGCUGGCAAUGCUCUGGCCUGCAAGUAUAAUGGAAAAGAUGAGGUCUGUUUGACUUUGUAUCAUGAUGGCGCUGCUAACCAGGGUCAGAUAUUUAAAGCUUACAAUAUGGCAGCGAUGUGGAAAUUACCUUGUAUUUUCAUCUGUGAAAAUAACUGCUAUGGGAUGGGAACGUCUGUUGAGAGAGCAGCAGCCAGCACCUAUUACUGUAAGAGAGGCUGUGCCGAAACAACCUGUGGCACGAGGCCCCCCUCCAGCAAUGAGAUUGUCCCAGACAUCAGCCCAGUGCACCGGGAGAGCUUCAGUUUGGGCGGAGCGGACGUGCCGGGCCGCAGCGGAGACCCCGAGCGGCACAGGAGGAACGCCCUGAAGGCCGCCCAGAGGCCCCGCCCCCGACGCCUCACGAAUGCCCAAAAAAAAAUGAAACUCAAGAUCCCCGUGGACAACAAGGAGGUCCCGAGGGAGGCGGCAGCGCCUUCUGCAGACCCGGCGCGUACACACGUGUGCCCGGACUGCGGCCGUGCUUUUGCACGCCGGUCCACGCUGGCCAAGCAUUCACGCACGCACACGGGUGAACGGCCCUUUGAAUGCCCCGAGUGUGGCCGGGGCUUCUCGCAGAAGUCGGCGCUGACCAAACACCGGCGAGUGCACACGGGCGAGAAGCCGCACCUCUGUACCGUGUGUGGCCGCUGUUUCCGCCACCGGUCCAACCUGGCAGAUCAUACCCGCACGCACACGGGCGAGCGGCCCUACCCCUGCACCGAGUGCGGCCAGCGCUUCCGCCUCAGCUCCAACUUCGUCCGCCAUCGUCGUUCGCAUAUGAUGCGCCGUCUCUAUAUCUGCGCUGUGUGCGGCCGAGACUUCAAGCUGCCCCCUGGCACUAAGGCCACCACUGUCACUGAGCGCUGCCCAGAGUGUGAGAGUAGAUGAGCCCCCUUGUCGCUGCGGCUGCUAGUGUCUGGCUGAGGAGGCGCAUGCCAGGGCCCUGACCCCCAGGGGCUGGACUAACUGGACAAGGACUGCGGGACCCUGGUCUGGGAAAGGGUGGGGUGGCAGAACUGGCUGCCCGGGACCUGGGAGACAUAGUUAAUCCUCUACUGCAGUGAUGGCGAACCUAUGACACGCGUGUCAGAGGUGACACGCGAACUCAUUUUUUUGGUUGAUUUUUCUU